CGGAACCAAGACCGACUUCCCGGCUAUAAAUACGCUGCCCGGCCUCCCUCGCUUCGCCUCAAAGUCUUCUUUGUGCUCGUCUUCUGGCGAUGGCGGCGGCGGCGCAGGGAGGAGGAGGAGGGAGGGAAGCGCACUUCCGGGGCGUGAGGAAGCGGCCGUGGGGCCGGUUCGCGGCGGAGAUCCGGGACCCUUGGAAGAAGACCCGCAAGUGGCUGGGCACCUUCGACACGGCUGAGGAGGCGGCGCGGGCCUACGACGAGGCCGCGCGCAGCCUCCGCGGCCCCAAGGCGAAGACCAACUUCGGCUGCCCGGGCGACCUCGGAGUCCCGCCCUCGGCGGCGCAGGUCAGCUGGGGAGCGGUGACGCGCUGGCGAUCGGCCGCGGAUCUGUCCAUGGGGCAUACGCCGGCGGCGGCGGGCGGCGGAUCGGGGUACGCAGGGUACCGACUCGAGGUGGUUGAGGCGGCGGCGAGGGAGGAACAGGAGAGGAAGACCGUGGCAGCGGCGGAGGCGGGGAAGGAGAAGCCGCCCUUCUCGUUUGAUCUUAAUCUCCCCGCUCCUUUUUUCUGAGUCAGAUCGGACGGCCCACAUCGCUCCAUCGCUUCCCCACUCUCCCUCCUUUUAUGCCGCGCCGGUUUUUAUUGCUCGCUUUUCUUUAAAGCCGACUCGCCUUUGUUGUACAGUCUCUUAUCAACUGAGUUGGAUCAGCGAGUUAGCUGGUCACUGGAAUCGCCGGGCCGACUCGUCCCUCCGUGGUGGGUGACGCGCGUGUUGAGUCGUUAGUGGCCGACAGCUUCUUUCCAAUCCAAUUGACGGAAAACCCACCGAGCCUACACGAUAAUUACUCCAAUACCGGAUUUCGUGCUACGGCUCGCGCUUUACGUGGCGUGUGGAGGCUGUUCUUGUCAUUUCGUCAUAAUGACGUUGUAUUUACGCUAA